GAACCGCCAUACGAGCUCACCCAACCAUAAACCCUACCAAAACCCCCGAACCUUCUCUGCCUCCGGCGAUGGGAAGUAUCAAUUUUUCCCUCUUAACUCUCUCUCUCUUCAAGCCGCAACUCCCGCAAUAAACCUCCUUCUUCUUGGUUUCUCACUUUGAUUUUUUUUCCCUGCGUGUUUGAGCUGCAAAAGUUUUCUCAAAAAUGGCGAAGACAUAUGCAAUGGGGCUAAUCUCAGCCUUAGCUGCCUCUGCUUCUCUGUCCUCCCAAUCCAAUUUUGCUUCUGCCGAUGGUCCCUUCAAUUUCUCUCCAUUCUCUUCUUCUCCUCCUGCUGGUCCUCCAUCAAAUGUUCCUCAAUCUCAUUCUGCAGAUAAAUCUCGGACGGAGAAUUCGGCUCCAUCGUCUGCUGAAACUGAGCCCAGGAAUAAUAAUCCAAGGACGAGCUCAGCAGGGUUUGAUCCGGUGCCGCUGGAGAGGGGGGUCGAAGCCAUGAAGGAGAUCGAGGCUUCGCCUCAGCCUAAAAAGGUAUUUGAGAUUAUAAAGAAGCGAGAAGAGACAAGGCAGGCUGAAUUUGCUGGAAAGGCUGCAGAAUUUAAGGCAAUGCAAGCUCAAGCUGAAACUGAGAGACAAAGGGUAAUAUAUGAUGAGCAGAAAAAGCUAGCUCAGCAUCAAGCACAAACGAAAUCGCAGAUGGCUCGUUAUGAGGAUGAAUUGGCGAGGAAGAGAAUGCAGGCAGAAAAUGAAUCGCAAAGGGCACGGAAUCAAGAGCUUGUAAAACUGCAAGAAGAAUCAUCCAUAAGGCAGGAGCAAGCUCGACGUGCAGUAGAAGAGCAAAUUCAAGCCCAGCGACGGCAAACAGAGAGGGAGAAGGCUGAUUUAGAACGUGAAACAAUCAGGAUAAGAGCUAUGGCAGAAGCAGAAGGGAGAGCCCAUGAAGCAAAACUAUCUGAAGAUGUUAACAGAAGAAAGCUAAUAGAUCAAGCAAAUGCAGAACGAGAGAAAUGGGUGGCUGCCAUAAAUACUAGUUUUGAUCACAUUGGAGGGGGUUUGAAAGCCAUUUUAACAGAUCAGAAUAAGCUAGUUGUUGCUGUUGGAGGAGUUACAGCUCUUGCAGCAGGGAUUUAUACAACAAGAGAAGGUGCAAAAGUGAUUUGGAGCUAUGUGGACAGGAUAUUGGGUCAACCAACACUUAUCCGAGAGUCCUCCAGAGGCAAAUACCCUUGGUCGGGAAUUUUUUCCCGUAGCACGAGUUCUCUGGCACCUGGUGCUGGUAAAGGAUCUGCUUCAAAAACUGGAAAUGGGUUUGGUGACGUGAUUUUACACCCUUCACUUCAGAAACGAAUUCUGCACUUGGCUGGUGCAACAGCAAAUACAAAAUCUAAUCAAGCACCUUUUCGUAACAUGCUAUUUUAUGGUCCACCAGGCACAGGGAAAACAAUGGCUGCUAGAGAACUGGCUCAAAAAUCUGGAUUGGACUACGCUUUGAUGACAGGUGGAGAUGUUGCUCCUCUAGGUUCACAAGCUGUAACCAAGAUACACCAGUUGUUUGAUUGGGCCAAGAAGUCUAAGAGGGGUUUAUUGCUCUUCAUUGAUGAAGCAGAUGCAUUUUUGUGCGAGCGGAACAAAACUUAUAUGAGUGAAGCUCAAAGAAGUGCACUCAAUGCCCUUCUUUUCCGCACGGGUGACCAAUCAAAGGAUAUAGUCCUUGCUCUGGCUACAAAUCGUCCCGGUGAUCUUGAUUCUGCAGUGGCUGAUCGUAUUGAUGAAGUCCUAGAAUUUCCUCUCCCUGGACAAGAGGAACGCUUCAAACUGCUGAAGCUCUAUUUGUGCAAGUAUAUAGCUCAGGCUGGAUCAGGAAAAUCUGGCUUGUUCCAAAGUUUGUUUAAAAAAAACCAACAGAAGAUAGAGGUCAAUGGAUUGACUGAUGAACUCUUGAUGGAAGCCGCAGCUAGGACAGAGGGAUUCUCCGGGAGGGAAAUUGCAAAAUUAAUGGCUAGUGUUCAAGCUGCUGUUUAUGGGAGUGAGAAUUGUGUGCUUGAUCCAAGCUUAUUCCGUGAAGUGGUUGAUUAUAAAGUUGCAGAGCAUCAACAGAGAAAGAAACUCGGAGUUGCAGGUGGGGGUGGUAAUUGAUGAAUUUGCUUGGCAAUUUUAAUUGCUUAGAUUCCUCUCAGGCAUUACUGAGGCCUACAUUUUUUAGGAUUUGGGCACCUUCUUGUUAUCAUUAUUUCCCCCUAUUUACUGGUGGGGAUUUUGGUUUGACUAAUACUAGGGUGAUCAGAUUUUAGUGUUCAUUAUUGGGGGUGAUCCCCACGGUUAUAUGGGUAGAUUACUUUGAUAUUACGUCAUUAUGGCAAGAGGCUAAUAAAUCAGCUAGAAUGUCAGGUUCAAGGACCUUCAUUUUUCUUUCCCAUGAACCCUUGGUGUAAGGUCUAGUUCUGUGUGUCAUCUUUUCUAUAAGUAAGGUGGAGAGUUGCUUUUCAACCGCUGCUGCUUUGAAGAUCCAUAUUAGGAUUUGAUUGACCAUAAGACCCUAAGCUUUGAAAUGGAAGAAAAUUGAUAUAGCGAUGGAUGCUACUUGCUUUGGUUAUUCUGGGUC